AUGGACGUGGCCGCGGCGCCCGCGGCCGGGGACGGCCCGGACUCGAGGCCCGGGGCGCGGGGGUCUCCCCCCGAGGCGGCGGCGGCGAUGGCAGGCGCAGCAGCAGCAGCAGCAGCAGCGGCAGCAGCGCCCGCGGCAGCCGCCCCCGAGCCCAGGAAGCCGCACGGGGUGAAGCGGCAUCACCACAAGCACAACUUGAAGCACCGCUACGAGCUGCAGGAGACCCUGGGCAAAGGCACCUACGGCAAAGUCAAGAGGGCCACCGAGCGGUUUUCGGGCCGAGUGGUUGCUAUAAAAUCCAUUCGUAAGGACAAAAUUAAGGAUGAACAAGACAUGGUUCACAUCAGACGAGAGAUUGAGAUCAUGUCAUCCCUCAACCAUCCUCAUAUCAUCAGUAUUUACGAAGUGUUCGAGAACAAAGAUAAGAUUGUGAUCAUCAUGGAGUACGCCAGCAAAGGGGAGCUGUACGAUUACAUCAGCGAGCGGCGCAGGCUCAGCGAGCGCGAGACCAGACACUUCUUCCGGCAGAUUGUGUCCGCUGUGCAUCACUGCCACAAGAAUGGCGUGGUCCACCGGGACUUGAAGCUGGAAAACAUCCUGCUAGAUGACAACUGCAACAUUAAGAUAGCUGACUUUGGCCUCUCCAACCUGUACCAGAAGGACAAGUUCUUGCAGACGUUCUGUGGGAGCCCGCUCUAUGCGUCGCCUGAGAUUGUCAAUGGCAGACCUUACCACGGUCCUGAGGUGGACAGCUGGGCCCUGGGUGUGUUGCUUUACACUCUGGUUUAUGGAACAAUGCCCUUCGACGGUUUUGAUCACAAAAACCUCAUUCGGCAGAUCAGCAGCGGCGAGUACCGGGAGCCCACGCAGCCAUCAGACGCUCGAGGCCUCAUCCGGUGGAUGCUGAUGGUCAACCCCGACCGCCGGGCGACCAUCGAGGACAUCGCCAACCACUGGUGGGUGAACUGGGGCUACAAGAGCAGCGUGUGUGAUUGCGAUGCCUUGCAUAACUCCGAGUCCCCGCUCCUGGCUCGUUUCAUAGACUGGCACCACCGCUCCACGGGGCUGCAGGCGGAGUCGGAGGCCAAAAUGAAGGGCCUUGCCAAACCCGGGGCCUCCGAGGCUGGGCUGGAAAGGCAGCGGUCACUGAAGAAGUCCAAGAAGGAGAAUGACUUUGCCCAGUCGGGCCAGGAUGCAGUGCCCGAAAGCCCGUCCAAGCUGAGCUCCAAACGGCCCAAAGGGAUCCUGAAGACGCGGAGCAGCAGUGAGCACCGCUCCCACAGUGCCGGCUUCAUCGACGGGGCGCUCAGCCCGGCCCUGCCCUCCACUUUCACCAUGGAGCAAGACUCGUGCCGGACAGGGGGGCCCCUGCCCAGCUCCCCCGAGGCAGAGGUGCCAGGGAAACUCAGCCCCAAACAGUCGGCCACCAUGCCCAAGAAAGGCAUCUUGAAAAAGACACAGCAGAGAGAAUCGGGUUAUUACUCCUCCCCGGAGCGCAGUGAGUCUUCAGAACUCUUGGACAGUCACGAGGACCGGGGGGGCAGCCUCCCGUCCCCCAGCCCCCCAGACCCAGCCAGGCUCACACCUCACAGUCUUUCUUGCCGCCGGAAGGGCAUCUUGAAACACAGCAGCAAGUACUCGGCAGGCACCAGGGACCCAGCCCUCGCCAGUCCUGAUGUGCCCACCCUGGGGUCCUUGCUGGAGCCUGGCGUCCCCACCGAGGGCCUGUCUCGCAGCUACAGCCGGCCUUCCAGCGUCAUCAGUGACGACAGUGUCCUGUCCAGCGACUCCCUUGACCUGCUGGAUAUGCAGGAGAACCGCCCUGUCCGCCAGCGCAUUCGCAGCUGCGUCUCGGCUGAAAACUUCCUCCAGAUCCAGGACUUUGAGGGGCUUCAGAACCGGCCCCGACCCCAGUACCUGAAGCGGUACCGGAACCGGCUGGCAGACAGCAGCUUCUCCCUCCUGACGGACAUGGAUGAUGUGACUCAGGUCUAUAAGAAAGCCCUGGAGAUCUGCAGCAAGCUCAACUAGCUCC